AUGUCCAAAACUUCGAAAUUUUUUGAACAGAUAUAUGGUGGAGCUAGCUUUGAAAUGACACCAAUUAGGGACUAUGAGCAUGACUAUUUCCAUAUCAAUGACAAUAAACUUCCAAGGUUUUUGAAAGGCAAUAAAAAGCUUUCUCAAUCUAGCGCUUCAGUCCGUCGUGAAGGAUUCAAGAGACCCGCAACUUUAGAUUUAACGAAUAUAGGACAACCUCUAACUAAAAAAAUCAAUUCACCUCUGAAUUUAAACAAUUUUAAAAGGCAGAUUAGCAUUAGUACAGAAACAGAUAAUGGCAAGCGUAUGCUUUGUUCUAUGUUAGAAACCUUGUAUCAUCGUGAGAAACAGUAUUCAAGAUGGAUGUUUUUUGCUAAUACUGUUUAUAGAAGGGCAUUGCAUGAAAAUGUGACACAUAAAAAUAGAUUUUUCAAGCUGGACUCUCAUGAGGAAUUGCUUCUUUUUGGAAAUAUUGACACUAUUUCUUCAAUAAGUGAUAUAUUCAUUAAUUCUCUGGAGAGUUUUUGUCUGAGAAUUGUUGGUACACAAGAAUUUGAUGAAGAAACAUGGAGAGAAAUAAAGCGUAGUUCAAGCUUACAAAAAAUAAUAUUCAGAUCAUAUGAGUUGGGUGAUAUUUUCCAACAGCACCUUAGUAGAAUGAAGUCAACAUACCUCAGCUAUGCGGUUUCCCAUCAAAAACAAAUGGAUCUUUUCAGGUUCAUUAAAAAUGAAGAUAGUCGUUUAUUUCAACAAUGGCAGGAGCAUUGUUUAAAAGCUGCUGAGUUCAAAAGCUUGGAAAGUAUUCUUGAGCUGCCUAUUACAAGGAUAUUAGACUGGGUAGAAGCAUUAGAGUCCAUGUUAGCCAUUUCUGAUGACACAAUUUCUGAUAAUUUGAAGGAGAAGAUUCAAAGCGUGUAUGAGCAGUUUUUGAAAUUCAAAGAAACUCUAACGGAAGAAAUGUCAGAAUAUAAUAGUCAUAAAGAAUACGACUUUGCACUGACACCUGGUGAAAUAAUUCAAGGUUAUAAUGCUGGAGUAGAGGUGCCAAAAAUACAAAAAGGUAAAGAUUAUUUAGAUGUUACUAACCAUUUGAAUGAUGAGAGCGCCAAGUCAUUUGUUGACCAUUCUUCAAGCUAUUAUCCUAGCGAUGUGGAGGAACACUUCCAAGAAUCAAUUAAUAGCUCUCUAGGGGCAAGUUCUGUUUUAGAAAUGGAAAGUAUUGCCAAUUUAACUUUACCAGAAACAAUUGUUAAGUUCAAGUUGGUCUACAAGGAUUUGAUAAGCUUAGAAAGUAUGUUGAAAAAGAAUGAUUUGUUUGCAAUUUUGGAUGUCAACUUGAAAAAUGCUACGUUGUGGGAGGGUCUAUUAAAAGGCAUACCUCCGUUUGAGGAUACUAGUGAUCCAAAGAGUAUGAUUUUAUCAGUUUCUUCCUCCUAUGUCAAUAAACUUCAUCAACAGAAGGAACAAAUGACAUUUCUGAAAUUAAUUGACUUAGAAACAGGGGUAAUGGCACCAUUGAACACAAUCAUCAAACAUUGUGACAGCGUAAGGACUAAAUUAAAAGAUCUCAAAACACUAAAAAGAGACUAUAUUCUCUAUUUAAAGGAAAAAAAGGCAAAAGCACAUGAUAUAAAGACAAACUUAAUUGGAAAACAUUAUGAAGAGCUUCAAAAUCAAUUAACUAUUGAGCUACCGAAACUUCUUAUGCUCAUAAACAAAAUUACUGGUUUAGUUAUUCUCAACUACAGCAAAUUCAUGCUACAAUACUUUAAGACCAUGUGCGGCGGUGAGAAGUUUUUAGAGAGGGAUUUGGCGAAUAGAGAGAAAUGCGCUGGUGAUUUGGCACCCAAUUUUGAUAUCCUGCAAUCGUAUUCCUCAUCCAGAUAUUACAUGAAAAGGUUAGUACGUAAAGACUGGAAAUUUGAUGGUGAGCCGGGUGCAAGCAGAGUAGUAAGAAAGUUAUUCGAACUAUGA